UUUUAACAUGCUAUAAUAAAUUAUCUAUAUGGUAUUUUGAGCUAGAACUUUAGGUACUCUGGGGACACCAAAGUUUUUUUUUUACAUCUUUAUAAAGUCUUGUGAAAUGUCCCCUUUAAGAGUCAAAUGUGUGGAUGUGCUGCAGUGUAGUGUUUCUUGGUCUGAUUGUAUGACAAGUAGUCACAGAAAUAAACUGUAGACAAAUAAUUCAUUAAAUUCAUCUUAUUUGCAUUUGUAAAAUUAUCACACAGUGCUUUGGCGUUUUCAAGAGUUCAAAAAGUCAUGUUUGUGUAUGUCUGCAAAAUGCAUUUACUUGUCUUUGUGGACAUGAAAAUGAUGCAUGUGUUUUUCUUUGAUGUGGUGGGGGCACAUGGAUGCUACACUCCUAUGUCUCUCUCUCUCUCUCUCUCUCUCUCUCUCUCUCUCUCUCUCUAUCUCUGACUAUGUGUCUCUUUCUUGCUGUGAAACCUGAUCUAGAGGCCAAAUUUAGCGGUGCUCAGUAAGCGGUCAGGGCCCAAGACAGAUGGGACAGCCGGCCACUUUGCAGCCACAGUUUAACACUCAAGCCGGCUCACCUAAGAGCAGUCCGACAAAGAAAACAAGAAACUCAGAAAGAGGGAAGAAAAAACCCACAACUCCUUGACUGAAAGAGCCACUGCUUUUUCGUUUUCUGGCAUAACGAACUUUAGUAAAACUGGAAACCUCCGACAGAGACGGACGUUUGCAGAAACUGACUUAAGGAUGCAGGACGGAGGCUGGAAUGACACAGUCCCCCUUUCUCUGCUGAAAGACCCCCUGGAGGGCACGGCUUCGGGAACAUCUCUUGACGGCGUGGCUUACUUUGACCCUAUGGCUGAUAUGGAAAGUGGGGAUGGGGACUUUCCAGAACUUUCUGCUUUCCUGAGCCAAGACGAGAUCAACCUCAGUUUGGACUUAGCCCAAAAGGCCAUGAGUGACGCAGGAGACCCAGAUGACCUAGAUGAACCCCCAGUCCCCACAGAGCACCUUCCCCUUUACUCAGAAACCAAAGACCACACCCUCCCAGAUUCGGUGUUAACUGAAACGUCUCAGUCAGCCGAUACGACAGCAGGUAAAGCCACAUCCAAUCAGAACGUGCAGCUCAGCAGGCCUAGUCAGCCACCUGAAUCACCUGAAAAGUUUUUCUGCCAAAAGUCCAUCACACCAGUAUAUAAGCAAGACCGUCCCCGGCUAGUCCACGGAGGUCUGGAGCUCAACGAUCGAGCCGCCUCGGCCACCGAGUUCUGCAGCCGAGCUGCCACCUUCAUCGAGGAGCUCUCAUCCAUCUUCAAAGGCUCCACACGUGUGGAUCACCAAGGUGAUGAGGACUCCUCUUCACCCGACAGCGGCUAUUUGUCUCCAAAGAGCCACCGGCUGGGUGUACAACAAGCUCAGCCACCUUCAUCAUCUUCUUCCUCUUCAGAGCCCCAGCAGGAGCAGCUGGUGUUGGGUCAUAUGGCUGAUCUUCAGGGGCGAGAGGAUAGUCUAGAUGGGCCCAUGGCUCCUCCACGCUUCACCCAGAAACUAAAGAGUCAGGAAGUGGCGGAGGGUAGUCCUAUACGUCUGGAAUGCCGGGUGACUGGGAACCCCCUUCCGUUAGUCAGGUGGUUUUGUGAGGGGCGGGAGCUGCAUCAUUGCCCUGAUAUUCAGAUCUGUCGUGAUGGUGACCUGCACACUCUGGUGAUCACUGAAGCAUUUGAGGACGACACUGGCAGGUACACCUGUGUGGCAUCUAACGCACUAGGAGCAGACAACACCUCUGCAGAGGUCUACAUUGAAGGUGCAUCCUCUUCAGAUUCAGAAAGUGAAGGAACAGUGUUGAAGUCUAGGUCUGGAGUCAUGCCACAGGCGCAGAAGAAAACGACCUCCGUUUCCUUGACGAUACACACAGCAUCACCAAAGAGCCCAGAUAUCCAUCCUCAUCGCUCCACGCUGGUCCAGCCUCUUUCUGUUACACCACAGAGAGUUCAGAGCCCAGUUUCUUCUAUUUACGCUGGUGAUGCUCUACAUAAAGCGCCCCCUAGCUUCACUAAGAUGUUGCAGGAUGCACAGGCAUCUGAAGGUCAGGUGGUGGUUCUGGAGUGCCGGGUUAGAGGAAGUCUUCCUCUGAAGGUCCAGUGGUCUCGGGAGGGCCAGGAGAUUCAAGACUCUCCUGAUUUUCGUAUUCUGCAAAAAAAGCCAAGGUCCGCAGCGGAACCCGAGGAAAUCUGUACUUUGGUGAUUGCCGAAGCGUUUCCUGAAGAUGGAGGUCUGUUCUGCUGCACUGCCACCAACCAAUAUGGUUCGGUGAACAGCAACGCACAACUAACCGUCACCCCAGCCGGUGAAGAGUUGCCCAGCAAUGGUGUUACUGGGGAAGAUAAUGUGUUUGAGGACAGCCAACCAUUCCCACCACCGCCUCCUUCUCCUCCACCCACUGAGAUUAGUUUGUUAGAAGUCCCACCCAAAACUCCGCCCAGUGCCGAGGCCUUCCGGAUCAACGAACUGGACAUCUGGCCCAAUGUCACAGCGAUGCCCGUUCAGGUCUCCACAGAUAACGGCCAAGAAAGCCAAACCAACCAGCCAUUACACAAUGGUCAGGCUUUAAACAAGACAUCAGAAGAAAGUCUACCGUCACCUUCAAGUGUAAAGGAAACAGCUCCUUCUCCACCAUCACCUUCAGUAGCGAAAGGUGUCCCACCUCUCCCAACCAAACCCAAACCCAAACUAUCAAGCGAGCAAGCAGACGACUUUUCGAACGAAAGAAACGCAGCACAGCUGAAGCAGCUUCAAGAUCAGAUCCUUCUAGAGCAGCAGCAACAACUCGAUCAGGAGGUUUCCCCUCCUCAGCAACCUUCACAGGAAGUCCCGCCUCCAUCUCCGCCUCUCCCACCCCCUCCCUCCUUUCAGGAGCUGGAGAGCAGCACCAUGCAGACAAGCACCUUCAACUACGCCCGACCCAAGCAGUUCAUCGCUGCCCAGAGCCCCACAACAAGCGGUGUGCCGCUGGGAUACAGCACCCAGUCUUCUACCUCUUCGGGCUCCAACCUGUCCUCUCCAUUAUCCCCCACGACGUCCCACAAGCCAUUCGGCCGCAUAACUCUUCCACCCUUCCAACAGCAGUCGCUACUGACUAAAGCGAGCAGCGUGGAGUCUCCAGGGUCUCCUUCCUUCCCUCCACCUCCUCCUCCAUUUCUCAGCUCCAGCAAUCUGUCCUCUCCUUCUGGCUUGCAGCAAGACUUCCCACCACCUCCUCCACCACCUCCUCCACCUGUCACAUCCAGCCCCGCCCGCUCGGAUAACUCUUCCCCCUUCACGCUCACUCCCACAUCACCAGCGGGAUUUCUGGUAUCGGUUCUCCCAUCUUCACCUCCUCCACCACCAGUUAAUGCAUUGGGGUUGCCCAAGGGUAAUGGCACAAUAGCACUGCCGCGUAAAACCACACCCCGGACGCAUCGCAUCAUCUCCGAUUCAGACAUCCAGGGCUCCAAAGAUGCAGUCAUACAAGACCUGGAGAGAAAACUGCGUUUUAAAGAGGAGCGACUCAGCAAUGGGCAACAGAGGUUAACCUAUGAGGAGAAGAUGGCUCGCAGGCUGCUGGGUGCUGACAAUGCUGCCACAGUGUUUAACACGCAACAGCAGGUGGAGGAGGAGCCAAUUACACAGGAAGGGAACUCGGCUGACUCAGAUUCUGUCCCUCAAAAGGAGUAUAAAGUGUCCAGCUUUGAGCAGCGGUUGAUCAGCGAGAUCGAGUUUCGUCUGGAGCGCUCGCCUGUCGAAGAAUCUGACGAUGAUGUUGAGCAUGACGAAGACGCCCCGGGAGAGACGGUCGCACCUUUCUUCGAUCAGAAGCUUAAGCAUUACAAGGUGUUCGAAGGCAUGCCUGUGACCUUCAGCUGCAAGGUCAUCGGAGACCCAAAGCCAAAGGUUUACUGGUUUAAGGAUGGAAAGCAGAUAUCGAAGCGCAGCGAGCAUUACCGUAUAAGUCGGGAGCCCGAUGGCACGUGCCUCCUGCACACGGCUGCUGCCUCGCUGGAUGAUGAUGGAAAUUAUACUAUCAUGGCCGGCAACCCAGCGGGAAGAGUGAGCUGUACUGGCAGGAUGAUGGUCCAGGCUGUGAACCAAAGAGGGAGAAGUCAGCGCUCAACACCUGGACACAUCCGCAGACCCCGCUCAAGGUCCAGAGAUAGUGGUGAUGAGAACGAGAACAUUCAGGAACGUCACUUUCGCCCCCACUUCCUGCAGGCCCCCGGUGACCUCAUCGUGCAGGAGGGCAAACUCUGUCGCAUGGACUGCAAGGUAAGCGGAUUGCCGACACCUGACCUUAUCUGGCAGCUGAAUGGCCAGACCAUCCGUCCAGACUCAUCCCACAAGAUGCUGGUGCGCGAGAACGGAGUUCACUCAUUGGUCAUCGAGCCUGUCACUAGCAGAGAUGCAGGCGUGUACACGUGCAUUGCCAGCAAUAGGGCUGGACAGAACUCUUUCAAUCUAGAGCUUAUUGUUGCAGCCAAAGAGAUGCAUAAAACCCCAAGUUUCAUUGAGAAACUCCAAAACACGAGUGUGGCUGAGGGUCAUCCCGUCCGUCUGGAGUGUCGUGUGUCUGGAGUCCCAUUCCCACAGAUAUUCUGGAAGAGAGAGAAUGAGUCCCUCACUCACAACACGGAUAGGAUAAGCAUGCACCAGGAUAACUUCGGUUACCUCUGUAUGAUCAUCCAGCCGGCGCUGAAGGAAGAUGCAGGCUGGUAUACAGUUUCAGCUAAGAAUGAAGCUGGCAUCAUCUCCAGUACAGCACGUCUCGACGUACAUGCCCAGUGGCAGCAGACUCACACCCCAAAACCCAAGAAGGUACGUCCAUCAACAAGCCGCUACGCCGCUCUCACAGAACGGGGUCUGGACGUGAAAGCGGCCUUCUUCCCCGAUUCCAGUCCUCUUCUUCCUGGCACCCUAGUGGAGAGUGAUGACCUGUAAAUACUAAGAGGAUCUGACCUUUGAACCCUGAUCCCUGAUUUCAUCACCAACGUCCAGUUUACUCGAUAAUCCCCACCCAUUUCCCAACAUGAACCUCUUGCUGUUUUCUUAACGGGGGUUGGAUUGGAGGAGAAAAGCGAUUGGAUGACUUUAAUAGUCAUUCAUUUAUUCAGUCUGAGUGAUGGGAGGAGAGCCGAUCAGCAUCUACUCAGCGAUUUUGCUUUGUGAUAUUUAACAUCGGUCCUGAGGAAAAGAGAAGAAAUAGUCCAUUUACUCGGUACAUAUACUCGAAUUGUGUUUUGAGGGGAAGUGGGUGCUUAAGUGAGGUUGUGACUUAUUGGUUCGUGACGCACUUAACAUUAACAUACUGUACCUGCUUUUAGACACAAAAACAAGCACAUACACAAGCACAUGCUUUAAGGAAGGAGGUAGUAAACUGAAGAUCACCUUGUUUAAUCAUCUCUUUAUUUUCACAAGUGCCUAAUAAUUUUUAUUGACAUUAAAAUACAUCUAUUCAAAUGAAUACUGCAUGUUACUACAGUGCCAACAUGUAACACUUUUUUAAUGUAUUUAGUUAAUAUGCUUUAGAUUAGAUCUAUUUAUGAAAAGCUGGAGGAAGUGGUUUCUUUCCAGCACAGGAAGUUGGACUUUUUGGGGGUUCUCUAAAAGCGAGGGGUGGGGGUUUUUAGGGGUUAAACUGAAUAUAAGAGCACACCUUAAGCUGCAUGGACCCGAUUGUCGUCUUUGAAACGACGAAAGAAAUCCUUAAUUAUAGUAAUCAGCUUUAUUUGUCAUCCGCCGUGUUGACGGAUGCACACUGCCGUAGAUAUCUGCUGUGUCUGGAUCUCAGCACAAGUCCAGAGAUGUUGCACAAGGCCGGGCCUUAAUGAUAUUUUCCCACCCCUUCUUUUGUUAGAUUUUUAGGAGCGAUUAAGAGGAAGCUGAUAUGUCAUUAACGUAAGUUGCAAAAUUGCAGAGUUGUAGCAGAAUGACAGGUUGGGACAAAUGCAGAUGUUUGUUGUGUUUCCAUGGAAAUGGGAGCGAUGGGAAAUAAGUACGAUGGAAGGAUGCAGAGCUGUACAGUGGAGGGAAUGGUUGCGAAUUAAGACGAGAAGUUUAUACAUGUAUUUUAAUGGUGACGGUGCAUGAAAUGAACAGAUGGUAUUUGCGAGAGGCUUUGGUUUUCAGGUUUGGAAUUACAGAGGAGAACACACUAUGUGAUUCUUAAUAGCAAUGGAAAAUUUAGGAAAAAUUUAUAUUCUGUCUUAUUCAAACACAUACUGUUGUGCAAUCAAGAAUCAAAUGUUGAAAUGACUUCCAUCAUCUCACAGACACUUGCAACAUAUAUAAAUAUCAUAAAAUAUAUACAAAUAAGACUUUGAUUACAUGUUUUAUUUCUUACACUGCUGUUUUGUUCUUGAAAUAGACAAAGCAGAUAUUAGGGGGCUCUUAUUCUGCAAUAUUUCUGUUUUUCAAGCCAACCUGUGCCUGUAUACAGACCGUUUUCUUUAUUCUGUAUUUGGUUUAUGAAUAGUAACAUAAAUAAAAGUCUCUGAAAGUAUUAAA